AUUGAAUCCAUUCUGUUGAAGACUUUGAAGUUUGGUGAGUAAUCCGCACUGAUGAAUGGGACCGUGAAUCUCAAGGUUUACAGUGAAGUACAAAUCUUUGAAAUUUUUGAAUCUUUGAAGCUGAAAUAAGUUCAAAAUAUUUUAACCACGACUGGUUAGAAUCAUGAAGAAAUUUAAGAGGCUCUUCGCAAGAAAAGCAAGCCUAAUAAUGUUAACAUAUGAACUCACUUGAAAGUUAGCCCACCAUCCAUCUUGAGGUUGUCAUCAAGCGAAAAGUAACUAUUAUAAUUGCUAUUCUUAUUGUACUGCAAUUGGCAUUUCCUUAUACUGAAACCCAUGCUUAAGUCUGAAUAAACUUCAGUACAUGCUUAUCCAAAGGCUAGUACAUUUACUUUUCUUUGCAAAAGAUAUAUAAGAGCAGGGGUAGGAAAUUCAGCCUCCUCGAGCCUGCUGCACCAUUCUAUAUGAUCAUGGCUGAUGUCAUCUUGGCCUCAACUCCAAUUUCCUGCCUAAUCUCUUCAACCCAUCACUGAUUACAAAUCUGUGUAUCUCCUCCUUAAGUUUACUCAAUGUCCCGUCAUCCACCACAUUCUGGCAUUGUGAAUUCCACAGAUUCAUGAUCCUUUCAAAGACGUAAGUCCUCCUCAUCUCUGUUUUAAAUCUGCUUCCACUUAGUCUAAAUCUAUGACCUCUCAUUCUAGAAGUCUAAGUGUCCUUGUUUUGUUCUGGAUAAUAUUUAAUUGGAAUAUUGGUUCACAAGAUCUCGCAUCUAGUUUCCAAAGCUGAAACUUUGAGAAAAUUAUUGGUUGCUAAAUUGGUCUAUAAUGUUUUUCUCCUACUCUCUCCCUGCCUCUUUCUUUCUGUCUGAUGGUUGCUAGGCUAGGUUAACUCCUAUUAUGUAAUAACACGUGCCAGAUAAAAAAGAAGAGAUGAAUAAGAAUAAAUUAUCUUUAGUUCUAAUUUAAACUAUUCCUUAUGGUUUGAGUCCAAACAAAGGUUUGGGAGUCAGAAAAUAGUUUCUGAUUUUUCUCCUCUCCACUUCUAUUUUAUAAUUAAUUGUUUUUUGGGUUUUUUGAGACACUUCACGUUUUGCAAGGACAACCAUUAUUGAGGAUGUUGGCAACAAAGUUACCACCAGAAAAGAUCUGAAACCACAGAAAGCUGACCCUUCAGGAAAAAGUCCGAAACGAAGCACCACUAAGAAAUAUAAUCUCCUCACAGCAUGUUGUUCAGUACCUUCCCACAAUAUGACUUCAAACUCUGAAGAGCAUUUGGAUUCAACAGAUAACAUUAUGGAUAUUUUAGAAAUCAAUGGCCAUCUCUGGCAUUCAAUAACACUGCUACAAGAAAAAGACAUUAAAGAACUUAUUGAGCAACAAAGAUAUUUCAAAGCUGACCAGCAUCUCAUCAAGUUAGAAUAUGAGCGAUACACUAAUGAUGUGGCAAAUGACGAAAGCACCAAAAAGGAAGAGAAAGCCAUUAAUUCAUUGUACGAGUUGCUUAGUGCUGAAAUUUUCAAUGUGGUAAAAGAAUCAUUUAACAUUUCCAAAGAACACCCAAAUCUCUUGAAAAUGGCAGUCCAAGUGAAAAUCCAAGAAGAAAAAGCAGACCAAAUAUACCUGGAAGAAAAGGAAAAAUCUGGAAGUGUUCCUGAGUUCAGGCCGAGGCAAUGGGACGCUAAAUGGCUGAGCAUUUUACAGCACUCCGUGAACGAAAGGAUAAGUGAACCACUCAGUGGUUCUGAAGACAGUAAGACUGACUGGCUCACACAGUGUUUAGUGCAACUUCGUAGCCAACUCAAAGCAGAUUUUGACACCAUUGUGAACUGCAUUAAUCCAUGUUACCCUGAGGAAUACAAUAUAUGUGUGAAGUAUGCUGAAUGCUAUUGUAAAACAGUUUCUUCUCAUAUCUCAUUAUUAGCAGAGAGUGGACUGAAAGGAAAAGAAGUUUAUCCACUUCUCUAUUGGAUUAAUAAGUGCUAUCCAGACAUAAUGAUUGCUGUUAUACCAUCUGAAGAUACACGUCAGCAACUGUUGAACACAUUGCUCCCAGAAAAGAUAAUCAACCAUUUGAAAAAUGAAUACUUUUCUGUUUUACGGUCAGAUGCUAGAAUGUGUAUGAUUAAAAGCCUGCAUAUUGAAGAAGAGAACUGGAGAAGUGGAAAAGAGCCUUUGGUACUAAAUGAUUGUUACCACAGCGAAUUACCGAUUGAUAUAAUUCAGAUAAUUGAUGGAGCAGUUAAAGACGCCAGAACACUCACUUGUGAACUGGGUGAUCAAGCACUAAAUAUUAUGCUGGAGGAAACAAAUUACUUCUUGAAAAGUUUUCAGAUGUCAGCAGAGAAUUUUGAAAAAAGCCAUUUGAACCAUCCAAAUUUCAUUUCUGUUGUAAUCUCAAUAAUCAACAGCUGUGAAUCUAUCAGGAAUCACAACACAAAUGAGAAAAUCACAAACCUUGUGUUGAAAGAGAGCAUCCAUUCAGUUCUGAAUGAAAUGGAAAAGAAGAAAAAAGACAUUAUUUUAAAGACUUUAUUUUGUAAACUAAAGCCUCACUGUAAAAAGCUGGUGACAGAAAAAUGGCUUGAGUGUACAGAACCAAUAGAUGAAAUACUUGAAAUAACAGAGAAGCAUCUCACAAAAUUAAAGAAAUUGAAAGCACCACAUUAUCAGGAUCUAUUGAUGGAAAUCCAUCAGCAGCUUAUUACAGAAUAUAUCCUUCGAAUUAUGAAGAAAAAGUUGAGCUGUAAAACAGAAAAUCAGGAGAAACAAGUGGCAGACCAGAUACAGAAUGAAUCUCAACAUUUACAGAAACUAUUCAAUUUCUAUGGACCUGAAGACAAAGUUCUCGAAUCAGCCCUCCUUAAAAUAGCUGAAAUCAUCAGACUAAAAGAUGUUGAUGCAAUUAUCAUCGAAGUUGCUGCACUUUUUCGAGAUUUCCCAGAUAUUAGAAAGGGGCAUGUUAGAGCUAUCUUGUCCAUGAAAGUCAGCGUGAAAAGAUCAGAUGAAAAGAAGAUUCUGAAAAUUCUCAACACACCAAUGAAUGACUCCAAUUCUUCCAUAGAGAGGAAACUCUUUUCCAAUCCUACCUUAUUUAAGGCUCUCUAGAAAUCAUCGAGAAAGCAUCAAAAGAGUGAUUUAUUUUACUAAACAACAAACAGAUCAUUGUUGAAUAAUAACUUGUCACUUUGUUUAUACAAUGGAGUGUUUCCUACUGUGACACACUCACCAGCCUGUGGUUGCUGUCUAAAUAGAAAAAUAAGUACUUGCAUUUUAUGGAGCACUUGUCCUCAGCAUAUCUGAAAGAACUUUAUUUCUUUCGGGAUUUCUGACUACAUUGUUACAGAACAUUCCUGGCCUAAUAUGUGGUAAAAUGCAAAUUUACCUCUAACUUAUAUUUGUACAUUCGGAUUCAAACAGUGUAUUGCAGAUAUAUUGACACUCUACUGUUAGUUCAGAUCCUGCUGCUGCUUUGACAUCAUUAUUCAUCAAAGCAAGUGGCAGCAGUGGUGAGAGUCAUUAUCAAAUUAUGUUGACUGAUUCUGCUUUUGCAUAGUUGGAGGAGCAGUGGAUAAGAAAUAGUCUAUCUGACUAAUAAUAGACAGGAGUGACCGGCUGACAUUAAACAGAACAACAAACUGCUCCAUAACGAGGUCCUGAUCGGGUCUGAAAGCCACACUGCAAUGGUUCACAUUCAAGGCAAUUUUUGUACAGAAAGCAAAAUCAUUCUGAAAAUGUCAAGAAUAUAAUCCAUUCAAAGUUUUUUUCAAAUUUUUUUUUACAUUUUCAUAAGAUGUGUGUAUUGUUGGCAAGGCCAGUGUCUGUUGCCCAUCCCUAAUUGUCCUUGAACUGAGUGACUUGCCAUGCCAUUUCAGAGGGUAGUUGAUAGUUAAACAUCUUGCCAGGGGUCUGAAUUGACAUGUCGCUCAGACUUAGUAAGGACAGUAGGUUUUCUCCCCUGAAGGAUGGUAAACAAGAUGACUUUCUACAACCGUUUGAUUGAUUCAUGAUUUCUAUAAAAUCGAGUCUUUGUUGUUAGAUCAUAAAACCCCUACAGUGUGGAAGCAGGCCAUUUGGCCCAUUGAGUCCACACAGACCCUCUAAAGAAUUUUAAAAUAUUUUAUAUACAAACAAUUUUCACACUUGGAUUAUGAAGUUUGUUAUUAUUUUCCAGGCCAAUUGUCACAGAUCACUAGGUGUUGCAUCUUAGUAGGAGAGACACAAUUAUUGAGUUAAAAAUCACACAACACCAGGUUAUAGCCCAACAGCUUUAUUUGGAAGCACUAGCAGGUGGUUGUGAUGAAGGAGCAGCACUCUUCCAUAUAAGGUGCUUCCAUAUAAAUCUGUUGGACUAUAACCUGGUGUCGUGUGAUUUUUAAUUUUGUACACCCCAGUCCAACACUAGCAUCUCCAAAUCACAAUUAUUGAGUAUCUUGUGACAUAACAAUAAAACAGGGAUAGCUAUAAUUUUUUUUAAAACGUACUGUCUACUGAUUACAUUUGGUGCUAAUGAGCUUCUUUGAAAACAGUAAAUUAGAAAUAACUAAUGAUAGGACCAGAGAGUGAACUGUCAAUACUUCUGUAUCCUGUAUUGUAGCAUACAUUAAAUGGUUUAAUAACCACACUAAACAGAAGGAAGGGGAAAGCCAAAUGGAACAUCAUAAACAUUUGUUGAUGCUGUGAACAAUUAUUUUGGGCUACUCUGUUUAAGUUGUCAGUAUUUUAACAGCUGGUUAUCUGUGAGAGCAUUUAACAAUUUUUAUGUUAUAAUUCAUGUUACUUUUCUUCAACUGUCAUUUAGUUAAAGUAUAUAGAUACAGCUGCAUAAAUAUUUCUGCACAGAGUUCUACAGAAUUAAAAAUGUUUGUGUAGUUUCCAAAUAUACCUAAAACUAAAAUAUGCAAUGUAAUAGACUUAAAAUUUCCAAAGCAAAUAUAAUUGCUAUGUUAGAUGUUAACUCUAAUUGUGCAGGCUUGUGUUCUAGCAUUAUUUAUACAGUAUUAAAAAUCUUUACUUGUGUUUUUUUUCUAAUGCAUAUAUAAAAUAAUGUGCCUUUUAAACAAAUUUCUGUAAUAUUCUCUGUUGGAAGCACAUUGAAAGGCUUAACCACAUUGUUACUGGCUGUGUUCGAGUUCUUCAACAAUAAAACAAAAUGUAGUAGUUAUUCAA